GAAGACUACAGCCUGUCCACUGGAUGUGAAAGCAGCAGAGUAAAGUGCAGUAGGAGGGGGGCUUCCAGACUGCGUGGGCCCAGCAAUGCCUUGAUGGAGCAUGGGCCAGGUUUUAGGAUUCUCCCAUUGCCAGGAGUAUGGCUCAGUGGCUUCAACACCAGACUCGACCCCUCCAUGCACUGAUGGUGGGAAUGAGGAGUCUGAACUCUGUGAGCUACAGACUGCCCGUGAAUGGUCAGAUGAUGAUGAAGGAGCAGAUGGUGAUGAUGAAGAUGGGUUGGCCUCUUCUCCAUCCCUUUGGGGUACCCCUCGCCAACAUUCGUAUGAGCUAACGUUCUCCUAUAUCGCUAUCGCUGAGCCUGAGGCUGUGGGUGCAUCACGGCAUUUGAGAGAGAGGCGCAGGGGGGGCUCCAGGAGCAGUCGCACUGCUUUGUUUCGCACUGACACAUUGGAAACCCUAUUGGACUCCCCUGAUGUGGAGUGGGACGAACAAGCCUUUCUCACACAGGAGGGACAGGAGGCAGCAGCAGAGACGAGUGAGCAGCAGGCAUGGCCAUCUACAGCCCAUACAGAAUGGACAAACUUUGAAGGAGAAAACUAUGGACAAAUGAGUACAACUCCACUUCCUCAUUGCCAGGAAUCUCAGGAGAGAGAUACAGGGUUUCAAAGGGAAGAGACUCCAAGCAGUUUCACAGUGCAGACUUCCACUCCCUCCCAAUCCAGCUCACAGACUCUUCAGUCAACAUCACUGUCCCCAGAGCCUGUUUCCCCUAUCUCCAGGGAAACCAUUUCAGUGAAGCUGCUCACAUCUGUGCCGCCUCGAGGGGUGCUGCCUGGAGACCUCACAUCAUCUGUGGCUGCUACAGGACUCAACACUCAGGAACAGCUGGUCAGAGAGCACUGGUUCUCUGCACUGAACCUAGUAGAGGCUGAUACAGUGUGGUCUCACAUAUGGACUCAUGUAGCAGCGGUGGACCUGAUCUAUUGGAAGGACACGGAGCGGUCUGGCAUGGUGCUGACCGGGAUAGUGGUGGGCCUGCUGUCACUGUUUCAGCUCAGUAUCAUCUCUGUGCUGGCCACCGUCUCUUUGGCUGUUAUGUGCUUCACUAUCUCUGUGAGAAUCUACUACCAGGUCCUCUACAUCCUCAACUGGGGCGAUGGCGUGCACCCCUUUAAGUCUUACCUGGAUUUGGACAUCAGUUUGAGUGGAGAGCUGGCUGAUAGGUACAUGCAAAAAGCCAUUGUAACAGUUCUGUCAGUUGUGGAUGCCCUGAAGAGACUAUUUUUUGUGGGAAACCUUUUUAAUUCCCUCAAAUUCCUGUUUCUACUCUACCUUGUGACAUUUGUGGGAAAAUUGUUCAAUGGCCUUACUCUCCUCAUCAUCGGUGUCAUUGCCCUGUUUUCAUUGCCUUUGUUCUAUCAGAGACACCAGGUGCAGGUUGACAGUGUUGUUGCUAAAAUUCAGGGUCAUUAUGACAACAUCACGGACAUUCUGCUGAGACUUGCCCAUGGGGGCUCUCCACCCCCUGAUCAAACACCAGGUGGCGCUAAACCCAAUGCCCACUAACCAAGAGGGGACAUGAAACUACAGAAUCCAAAGGAGCUACAGACUGUCACUCAGAGGUCUUAACAACAGUCUGUGCUUGAGCUCCAGAGACAUGGACAGGAACUAAAGACGACACUCACCGGGAUCACGCAUGGUGUUUCAUACUCAACCUGAACCGGUAUUAGGGUUAGAAGUGGGCCUGAGUAUGGUGAAAUAGAUGUUUAUGGACACUUGAAUGAGAUGGUUUUUCACGUCAGAGAUGAUGGACUGAUGGAUUGUUUUUAAAAAUGUCUUAUUGACAGCUUUCAUCCAAAUUGACUAAAACAAGACCGGAUUGGAAGGUGUGUAACUUCCAGUAGCUACUGUGUUCCACCAACAGUCAGUGGUUCAUUUGAAGACAGGGGUUGUCAUUCACUCUAGAAUUAUCAGGAUGCAUGUGUCUAAGUGGCCGCUCAUGUGCAAUAUGAUCACUGUAUUUUUCAUCUUCAUGAUAGUUUAACUUUGUGUGUGUGUGUGUGUGUGUCUGUGUGUGUCAUAGACUUUAUAUAUACAGUCUAUGGUGUGUGUGUGUGUAAUGUAUGAAUUUAAGCCUGCUGAGAGGACGCUAUCAUCCAUAUUCUAUCCAAAAUAGUUUCAGUUAAUCUUCAAUUUUUAACCCAAAAGAACUCUGUAUGGUGAUUGUUACAAUGUUAUCAUCUAAUAAUAAUAUACAGAGCUCUAUUGGGUUGUCAUAACAUAUCCAAGCCGAAGGAAAAACAUGAAAGAUCAUUGGAGUUAAGUGUGGACGGUGCCUUUCUAACUGUGGGUCUUACUGCAUGGAUCACAAUAUCUAACACCAACCCCUGACCAUGAAACUCUUACUGUGUACUCCACCAUUGGCAUCAGUGUAUUAGCAGGUAUGUUACAUAAUAGUAAUUAAAAUGACUCUAGGAUUAAUAAGAUUGUUUUAGGAUACUAAAUGAUUCACAUUGCCUUUAGUGUCUGCUUAUGAAAUGAAUCUAUGCCUUAUAUUUAUUAUGAACCAGUGUAUGACAUGACUGUCAGGAUUGUGUAUUUUAAUCAUUUUACGAGCUUUAGAUAUCCUUUUUCUGUUUAAAUCUAUACAUUGAUUCAAUGUGUAGACUAGACUAAAGCAAUAGGAUUCAAGAAGCAAAGACAUCCUAUUCUUUAUAGUUUUUCUCUAAAUGUUUUUGUUUUCAGAGGGGGAAAUUUAGCUAAAUGAAUCACAUUUCACAUUACUUUUUAUUUGUGUAAUUCAACUAAUUUUCAAUGAAACAAUAAAUUGUUAAA